UGCUCGAAAGAAAACACAUCGGGGCAGCAAAUAACAUAUAGUGAAUUACUUCUUUCACACCAGAUCAACGUUAAUUCAGUGUAUUUGGGGAAAAGGUAUGGAUUCAAAAUCUGGGAAUACAAAUGAUGAAUCAUCUGCCCAACAAUCCUCGAUCGAUGAUACAGCGUCAACAACUCACAUGGAAAAAUUAAAAAAGCGAAUUGUUUCAGCAGGACUCGUUUUACCUCCAAGCCGAUUUUUCGGACGGGUUUUGACACGAGGGCUCAUAGUUGUUUUGAUUUGGGCAGUGCUAUGGUCCAUUAUUGGUGCCGAUGCUUUACCUGGUGGAAAUAUUUUCGGGAUAUUUAUAGUGAUCGUUGCGGCAAGUUUGUGUGGAUUCGUCGUUAAUAAAAUUCCCUAUCUUCACCUUCCUCCCUUGCUGGGCAUGCUCGCGGCAGGAUUUCUUCUGCGAAACGUGCGCGGUAUAGACAUGGCUCGCCACAUCGACAAACGCUGGUCCUCUACCUUACGAAGUAUGGCUUUAGUUGUGAUACUUGUUCGUUCAGGACUCGGGUUAAACACAGCUGCAUUGAGAAGACUGAAGUUUACUCUAGCUAGAUUAGCAUUUCUCCCUUGUAUACUAGAAGCUGUUAUGGCUGCCGUACUCGUGCAUCUUCUCUUAGACAUGAAAUGGCUUUGGGCUUUUCAACUUGGAUUUGUUCAAGCAGCUGUUUCUCUUGCUGUUGUAAUACCUUGUUUGUUAGAGCUACAAGAGCAGCAUUAUGGAGUCAAGAAAGGAAUACCAACCCUUGUCAUGGCUGCUGCUUCCUUUGACAAUGUCUUUUGCAUAAGUGCAUUUGGGAUCUGCUUAGGAAUAGCAUUUGGCUCAGGUAACCUCGUAUUCAGCAUAUUCCGAGGACCAAUAGAGUUGGCUCUGGGAAUAAUUCUUGGAUGCCUUGCUGGUUUAAUUUGCUGGUAUUUUCCUAAUGAGAAUGAGACUAACUUGGCUCAAAACAGAGUAGUGAUUCUGCUGUCACUUUCACUGUUAUCAGUAUUUGGAAGUAAUGUGGCAAAGUUCUCUGGUGCUGGGGCUCUUGGGGUCCUAACCAUGUCAACUGUUGCUGCUUAUGGCUGGACACAGCAGGGGAAGGUCCCUGUAGCCCUGGUGAUGUCUCUAGUAUGGCAAGUGUUUGAACCACUACUGUUUGGCCUUGUGGGGGCUGAAGUCAGUGUAGAAUACAUGAACAGUAAGGUUGUUGGAACGGGUAUUGCAAGUUUGGUUGUUAGUCUGGUUAUACGGCUCUUCGCCACUUAUCUUGGCUUGCUUGGUAAUGACCUCAGUUUGAAGGAGAGACUGUUUAUUGCCAUAGCGUGGUCACCAAAAGCUACGGUUCAGGCCGCCAUUGGUUCUGUUUCGCUGGACUUAGCUCGACAGAAGGGCUUCACAGGGCAAAUUGAAGAGGAGUUUGGAAUACAGAUUCUGACCAUUGCUGUUCUGGUUAUUCUUAUCACCUCACCCAUCGGCGCCAUUGGAAUCGUUUUGGCAGGACCGCGAAUGUUAGAGCGCAGUCUCCCUCAAGAAGUAGAGGUCGAUGGUGUUCUACAGAAAUCUUCCGGAUCCCAUGAAAGGAGGGAAAGUCGAUGUAUAGAAAGCACCGUGUAAUAUUGUUAUAUUUUUUUACGAUUUCGAGAACAGACUACUUAGCGAAGCAAAUCUGAAGAGUACUGAACUAUAGUUGUAUAUUUUUAACUUACCGAAAUGAUAAAAGAAAAGAUUAUCAGUUUUGCUAUGAAAUAAUUAUUGUACAGUCGCAAUUGACAACGAAAAUGCCAAGUUAAACUUGCAAAAAGCUUAGAAAAGUACUAGUGCAUUCACGCAGAUUUAAAUAAUUAGAAAUAAAGUCAGCGGCUUUCAUUAAAUGCAUUCAUUAAAUAGUUUAUUAGGAUAAUGCGCUACUGUUACAAGAAUUUGACCAGAAGCAUAUAACUUACUGAUCUUCAAUGUCCACUAUGCUUCUUAUUCUACAGCAGAGAGUCACACACGACUGACUAACACUAAAUGAAAAACUGAAAAGUUGUUGGAAACAAUAAAACAAACCAUGUUAUUAACUAAUCGGUGGAAAACAAACAUUAAACAGAAACAAAUCAUAAGUGAAACCAAACGCGAAAAAGGAAAAAAACAAAACAAAACAGAAAAGUAAAGAAAUAAACAAAAUUAAACCAUAAGGAAAACGAAUAGCGAAAGUUAAAGUUGUGGCUCUGAUAACGUGGGUAAAUCAAAGUAAAGUGUAUUUUAUACUUUGAUGAAAAAAUAAAAGAUGAACAGAAUAAAAUAUGCGAUAA